CCGCUCGCCUUGUGUCUGAAUUGCCAUCACCAUGUCAGCGACAGAGACGUACACCUACCCACAAAGCAUCGAACUCGAGCCCGUCCAGCCAGUCUACACAGGUGGGCGCGACAAACUGCGUAAUAGUGACCCGGAUCUGCUUUCGCGGGGCGAUGCCAUCGCAGGCCCCAGCCUUCCCCAGACCCCGGACGUGCUCUCGCUGCACAAUCUCGAUGCAGUGUUGGGUGACGGCGAAGGAGGCGAGCGCGUCACGCCUGUCCUCCAUCCUCCUGACAAGGGACGGCACGCCUGGCAGUUUCUUGCCGCCGCGACUCUCGUAGAGACAUGGGUUUGGGGUCUGCCGUACACUGUCGGUGUCCUGCACGCAUACUGGCACACCAACAUGUUCCCAGAGGACGAGAGUACGCUCACCCUCGCGGCCACGCUGCAGACUGGUCUCAUGUUCAUGAGCACGGCACUCCUUGGCCCGCUGUUCACGACUUUCCCGCGAAAGCGACAGUUCAUUCAGGCCGUUGGGCUGGUCGUCGCAUCCGCGUCCAUCAUCGCGGCGGGCUUUGUGACGAAGGCAUCCCACCUCGUGGCCACCAUCGGGUGCCUGUACCCGUUCGCGGGAGCGCUCUACCUGCCAUGCGCGACGCUCAUGUACGAGUGGUUCAUUGAGCGCCGCGGGCUCGCCUCGGGGAUCCUGUUCGCGGGCACUGGCAUCGGCGGGACAAUCUUCCCGCUUGUCGUUGGCGGACUCCUUAGCCGCUUCGGCUACCGUGCCGCGAUGGUGUCGCUCGGCCUCGCAUUCUUCGUCAUGAACGCCCUCGCGCUCAUGUUCAUUAAACGCCGCGUGCCGCUCCCGGCUAAAGGCGCGACGCACGCCCUCCCGCGCGCCAACUUCGACUGGAGCGUGCUCAGGACAAGCGCGUUCUGGCUCGGUAUGUCGGCGCUUCUGCUAACCAGUCUCGGAAACUUUAACCCAACCCUGUGGAUUCCUACCUUUGCCGCCACCGUCGGCGCGACCAAGCCGGAUGGCACCUCCCUUGUGGCCAUCAUGAAUGCUGUCUCCGUCCCCUCUAACAUUCUCAUGGGCUGGAUCUCGGACCGCCUGCCGGCCCGCGUGACGGUGUUCGGCAAUUGCGCGCUCGCUGCCAUCUCCGUCGUCAUCCUCUGGGGCCUUGGCACAAGCUCGGGAAUGCUUGUGGCCUUCAGCAUGCUGUGGGGUUUCAGCGCGCUGAGUUUCGUCUCUUUGUGGUCCAAACUGAUCACGCGGACGUGCAAGGAUCGUGACCCGCACAUGAACACGUACAUCUUUUCGCUGUACGCUGUUUUGCGCGGCGUGGGUAACCUCACCUCCGGCCCAAUCUCCACCAAGCUUCUUCGCACUGGAGUGUUCCGUGGAGCGGCAGGAGCGUACGGGAGUACCAACUUCGGUGCCGUCCUCGUUUACACAGGCGUGACAAUUAUGUGUGGCGGCCUUGUGGGCAUCUUCUUCCCCAACUAGCGCCGGUGAAUCUUCUCGUACCAUUAUCACACAUAUCAACAUCAUCGCAGACCUAGAACGUCGACUCUGUCUACCUUGGCUUCAUCCAAUAAAAUAGGACCCUACAUGUAUCCUUAUCGUAAAGAGCC